AUGGCUACUAUGGACCGCACCAAAAGUAGCACUCCCGUGCAUGAUUUCCGGACCGUCCCUGAAAAAGCCGGACAGGCAGACUCCGAUCUCAGUGGUGAGAUGGAGCGGAGUCCUGAUGAAGUUAGAGAGACAAUUCCAGACGAUGCCACAAAAGUGGGAGACACUGGCCCUUCGGAUGGCGGCGCCGCUGCAUGGUUGAAUGUCCUGGGAGCGUGUCAUGGUUUUCCAUCAGGCGUGAGUAGCUUCCAGCAGUACUACAAGAUUGGGCCUCUGAAAGAUUACUCCAGCAGCACCAUUUCCUGGAUUCCGGCGCUUCAACUCUUCUUCUUGUUCGCCUUGGGCCCUUUCGUCGGUAUAAUAUACGACAAGUACGGACCGAGGCCGCUCAUCCUUGGAGGGACAAUUUUUCACGUCUUUGGGCUAAUGGUGGCGUCUUUGGCGAAGAAGUACUACCAGUUCAUGUUGUCCCAGGGAGUGUGUAGUGCCAUCGCAAUUACUUGUGUCUCGACCUGGUUUAACAAGAAGCGCGGAUGGGCCAUGGGCAUUCUAGUGACCGGUUCAUCAGUUGGGGGUGUCAUUUUCCCCCUGAUGAUCAGUCACAUAACCAUCAGGAAUGCGGCCUUCAUCAUCCUUGGUUUGCAGAUCAUAGCAGUCUUCACAGUUCGGCCGAGAACGAAGCCUGUGCCCAAGGAGCUCCCCGCUGGUCGCCUUGCUGCUCCUUUCCUGGAGUUCCCGUUUGUUCUGUUGCUAGUUGGCAUCGGAAUCUUGACGUACGGCAUAUUCACACCUAUUGUCUAUCUGGCUGUUCAAGGCUUUCAGGAGGCGCACAUGUCGGAGGAAAUGUCCCAAUACUUGGUGUCCUUUUUCAACGCAGCAAGCCUCUUCGGCCGUCUAACCGCCGGCCACAGCUCCGAUAAAUUUGGAAGGUGGAAUAUGUUCAUCUUUGUUUGUGCUGUUUCCGGAAUCUCUAUAUUCGCUGUCUGGAUCCCCGCCACGCACUCGUCCAUCGCCAUCGGCUUCUCUAUUAUGUUCGGCUUCACGUCAGGAGCCUUUAUGAGUCUCUCCGGCGCCCUUCCGAUCGCAGUGUUCCCGCUACCCGAGAUCGGGUACCGGCUAGGCUUAGUACUCCUUGCCAUUUCGAAUCCCGCCCUCACCGUAGCACCCAUAGGCGGAGCCAUCCUACAAAGCUCGGGCAACGCCUGGCUAAAUGUAAGGAUUUUUGGUGGCGUCAUGUGCCUUUUGGGUCGACGGUGGUGUUGAUAUCCAGAUGGCUCUAUACCGAGAAGAAACUUCUCAAGGUGUUUUGAGUGUAAAAGUAGCACAUCAUCAAAUCGUUGGAUCGUCUAUAACGCAAAUGCAUGGUUAUAGGCAACUGUGAAUACAAAUGAUAUGUCUAUAUUGUUAAUACUGUUAGAAAGC